AUGCGAGCCAGCAGGACCCCAGGUAUGCCGAACGAAUACAGCUCCAUCAAGAUCUUCGCGGACCUAUCGGCAGACACUCUCCAAUUCCGAAAAUCAAUGGCGCCGAUUACUUCCACCCUGCGGGAGCACAAUCUGAAUUACAGAUGGGGAUUCCCUGCCAAACUUCUGAUCUCCCACCAAGGGGCCAUACAUGCUAUCAUGACCCUGCAGCAAGGCGCCCAGAAACUAGGAGAUUGGGGGCUCCCCAACCGGCGACAGAGCCAGCUAAAACAAGAGUGCCCAGGAUGUCGCCAGAAAGACUGCUCUUCCCCUGGAACACGCGUAAAUAUUCUAUAA